UGAACUCUUGACUCUCAAUUCAUUCUAUAAACAAUAGAGAAAAGAAAGACCCGUCUCUCCAAUCUCCAUAAAGUCUUGUUCUUGAUGAAUCCUCUAGUCUCAGCUCUUCUCUUCAGUCAAUAGGACUGCAAAUCUUCCAGGUAUUCUUCCCCCCCCCCCCCCCUCCUCUCUCUCUCUUUCUGGUCUCACCUCAUUUGCUUUCAUUUUCAUUUUUAGAUUGAUGCAUGUGACCUUUGAAUGAAAGAGAAAUGGGUUGUCUACACUCAUUGCCCAAUGCAAUUGGGGUGUUCAUCUGCCUCCUCUUUUGUUGCUUCUGGGUUCCUUCUUUUGUCUUCGCUGCAUUUCUCCCUGUGGACAAUUUCUUGAUCGAUUGCGGGGGAGGCAAACCAUUAAAAGUUGAUGAUGGUCGGACAUUCGAGCCUGAUUCGGGGAAUUCCAACAUGGGUUUUUCUAUAUCCCCAGCUUCCCGCAUUGUUGUUUCCGAAAAUGUAACUGCUCCAUGGAAUCUCUACCAAACUUGUCGGGUUCUUACAGAAACCUCAACCUACACCUUCCGCACCAAGCAGGUCGGCCGUCAUUGGUUGCGCCUACACUUGUACCCGAUCGAGAAUCCUCGUUACAAUUUGAAAGCCGCUGUCUUCUCUGUUGAGGCAAAUGGGGUCACGCUGCUUCACGAGUUCUCCUUCGCUGAAUCAGAGAAACGCCCAUCUCGUCUUUACAAGGAAUUCGUCGUCCAUGUCGAUGUUUCCAACUCCAAAGACUUGGUGCUCACCCUCUCUCCGUCGAACGCUUCAUUGGCAUUCAUCAAUGGGAUUGAGGUAAUAUCAGUGCCCGACGGCCAGUUUCCUUCCACCGCCAUUGCCAUUCCGAUUGGCCCUUCCCUCGAAAUCCCAGCCCAUGUGGCUCUGGAAACAGCUUACAGGAUCAACAUGGGAGGUCCGCUUAUAAACCCUGAGAAUGACUCGUUGUGGAGGACGUGGGAACCUGAUUACCCAUUCCUCCUCAAUUCUGCUUCUGCUUGGAGCGUUUCAGUUGACCCCAGUUUGAUCAGAUACCCUACUGGAAUAUCAGUCGAAAUUGCACCAAAGGUGGUUUAUGCUACUGCGCAAGAAAUGGCGGAUGCGAAUGUUGGUGAACAGAGAUUUAACAUCUCAUGGGCGUUUAGAGUUGAUGGAGGCUUCACCUAUCUCAUCAGGUUGCAUUUCUGUGACAUUGUCAGCCAAGCUCUGAGUAAUCUGGUUUUCAACGUCUACCUUAACAACCAAUCUGCAUUGGAUUCUUUCGACAUCUCAAGUAAAACGAUGGAGUUAUCUGCUGCUUACUUUGUGGACUUUGCUGCCGAUGUUUCAAUGAGCUCGAAUCAGAUUUUGGUUCAAAUUGGUCCUCCUAAUCUGAGGAAUAUCCCAUCCAAUGCGAUCCUCAAUGGUCUGGAGAUCAUAAAAUUAAGCAACCCUGAUGGCAGCCUAGAUGUGCCUUCUGGUGCAGAUUUUAGUUCUAGGGGUCCCAAGAGGAAGGUAGCGGUGAUUGCCAGUGUGACUUGUCUGGCUGGAUUUGCAAUCUUGGCCCUCAUAGCCGCAGCUUUCUACUUGCAUUUCCGUAAAUCAAAGAAGCCCAAGAAGCAUCCAACCUCUGCCUGGUUACCACUUCCUACCCAUGUGGGGCAUUCAGAAUCCAAAAUAUCAACUGUUAGUUAUGCUUCAACUGCACCUUCCCUUGGUUUAGGUCGUGUUCUAGCAUUCUCGGAGAUUCGUGAAGCAACAAAGAACUUCGAUGAGAACUUGGUCAUUGGGGUUGGAGGCUUCGGCAAGGUUUACAGAGGUGUAUUAGACAAUGGGGUUAUUGUUGCUGUAAAACGUGGGAACCCAAGAUCCCAGCAAGGAUUGACAGAGUUCAGGACAGAAAUUGAGAUGCUUUCCAAGCUUCGGCACAGACACCUAGUUUCUCUUAUAGGCUACUGUGAAGAACUCAAUGAGAUGAUCCUGGUCUAUGAGUUUAUGGCAGGAGGGCCCCUAAGGACACACUUGUACGGCUCUGACCUCCCACCACUUACUUGGAAACAGAGGCUUGAGAUUUGCAUUGGGGCAGCAAAAGGUUUGCACUACCUUCACACUGGUGCUGCUGAGAGUGUGAUCCAUCGUGAUGUCAAGACAACCAAUAUCCUGCUCGAUGAAAACCUCAUAGCCAAAGUAGCAGAUUUUGGGUUGUCUAAGUUAGGCCCUACAUUGGAUCAGACUCAUGUAAGCACCGCUGUGAAAGGGAGCUUCGGGUAUCUUGAUCCAGAAUACUUCCGUAGGCAGCAAUUAACAGAGAAAUCUGAUGUUUAUUCCUUUGGAGUAGUACUAAUGGAGGUGUUAUGUGCUCGUCCCGCCAUUAAUCCGUCUCUCCCAAGGGAACAGGUCAACAUAGCUGAAUGGGCCAUGCACUGGCAGAAGAAGGGCCACCUCAAUCAGAUAAUUGAUCCCCAUCUUGUGGGAUAUGUGAAACUUGAAUCCUUACGCAAGUUCGGGGAAACAGCAGAGAAGUGUUUAUCUGAAUAUGGCAUUGAAAGACCAACAAUGGGAGAUGUUCUGUGGAACUUAGAAUAUGCUCUUCAGCUGCAACAGGCUUCCUUGCAAACUAUAGCUGAUGAAAACAGCACAAAUUACAUCCCAGAAAUACCAGAAUGGAUUCCCCACAUCGAGGCUGCUGAUUGUGAUUGUGCUGAUAUUGUCAGUGAUCCAGGGUCUGACGCAGCAACAACAAGUGGAGUGUUUUCACAGUUAAUAAAUCCAAGGGGCCGAUAGUAAAGGAGUUUUUAUAGGGGGUGAAACUUUUCUGUGUAAUUUUGGAAAAUCAAUUUUCUGUUUAACAGCUUUUACUGAAAAUU